CAACGCUACUUCUCUCGGCUCAUCAUGUCCUUUCCACUGAAAUUUGACAAAAGCGUGCUGCAGGAGUUCGGUGCUGGCUUCAUGGUCUAUGUGGAGAAACACAAAUUGCUCGAUGUUAUAAGUCGGGCAUUGGCCGAGAUUUCCUUGCAGCCGCCAGAGGAUAUUCGCUAUUGGUUGGGCGCCAAUAUACGACGCAUAGCGCAGGGUAUUUAUGCCAAGGCAUUGGAUGCCUUUUAUCGUGGGGAGCAAGGCGAGGGCUUCCAGUUGCGCAAGAACUUUUAUCAUCGUAUUGUCCUGCAUGGCCGACCCGGUUCGGGGCGUCACAGUUUGGCGCAGGAGCUGAGCAAACGUUGGAAUCUACUCAUAUUGGACGCCGAUGUGCUGGCCUAUCACCACAUCAAUGGCUAUCAGCAGGACGAGUAUGCCAAGCAACUACAAUUGGGAAUAGAACGCGAUUGUGUCUAUACCAGAUCGGAGGCUAUAGGCAACAUUAUACGCAAGCGCCUGUUGCAGGACGAUGCACUGCAUCGAGGUUGGAUAUUGUAUAACUACCCGAAUAACAGUUGCGAGGCACGCGAACUAUUCGAGGGCUUCACAGUGCCGCCCAAUCGGUUUGUGUUCCUGCAGAUCGAUGAGCGCAUGGCGCGCAUGCGUGUUGUCACAAAACCGUACGCGCCAGAUCCCCAAAAUAAUUUCAUCUAUUUGGAUCGUCAGAUGCAACAGUUCCGCAAAAGUGAGCCGGCACUGAAUGCAUAUCUCAGUCAUCGCCGUGAAGUAAUCUACAUUGAUGCAACGCGCUGUUUCGAGGAGGUCAAGUGUCACAUCAUGUCGCAGCUGACAAAGACACCCUAUAUGGUGGGCUAUAAAUUUGGCGACGUAACUGUUUCGGACUGAGUGAAGUGGCAUGCGCUUCGGAGAGACUAAAAUUGUGGAAAUUAUUGUUUAAAUUGUUUUUUUUUUCUCGUUUGCACAGUGGAACAACAGACUUGGAAAACUGCUUCAUUUAAAGAACGCUGUUUAAAAAUCUAAAAUCAUCUAAAAAACAACAAUACGUAAAAUUGGUAAUGGCCAACAUUCUAAAAAAAAAAAAUGUAAAGCAUAAAAAGAAGAGUAUAAAACAUCCAAGAAAUCAAAAUUAAAAAAAUUUAUUAAAAAGAACUACUCCAUUGAAAAAACACACAAUACAAUUUUUGACUGAAAUCUUCAAUAUUUUCUGCUACUAGCAGCUCAAGAAAA